GAACCUCAUUGCUGGCGAAAACCGUACGGCACCGGACGCGGUACUGGUGUUGUGAAAAAAAAACAACAAAAAAUGGCGGCACGUGUUCUAAAUUUGUUUUUAUUGUUCACCGUGUUGUACGCUGGAGCGGCGCAAAAUGAAAAUCCACCGAAAAUUCCGGAGUUCCUGCUACCAUGCAACCGGAGCGAUCCCGAGAUCGACAACUGCAUCAAGCGGUCCUUCAACCAUCUCCGGCCGUACUUGGCGAACGGCAUCCAGGAGCUUGGAGUGCCCGCAGUGGAACCGCUGCUCAUCGACCGUCUCGUCAUGGAGAAUGCCGCUGGACCAGUGAGGGUCACUGCCGCCUUCAAUAAUAUUACAGUGGUUGGGCCCAGCAACUACACCGUUACUAAGAUCAGGUCUGAUCUGAAGAAGCUCCGCAUCGACAUGGGUCUGGUGCUCCCCCGAAUUGAGGCGACGGGCCAGUACAGCGUCACGGGCCAGGUGCUGCUGUUCCCCGUCAGGUCGCAGGGAGACUUUUGGGCCAGCUUCACGGACGUGGUGGCGAUCGUGAAGAUAUUCGGCGUGGAGAUAGAGAAGCAGGGCGUGCCGUACAUGUCCGCGGAGCGCAUGCAGGUCGACUUCAAACUCAAGGGGUCCAGGUUCAGGGUGCGGGAUACCGUCAACCAUGGCAGUGUUAUUGGUGAGGCCAUGAACCAGUUCCUGAACACCAACGCGGCGGAGAUCAUUGACGAGAUGCGGCCGGCCGCGUCCGCCGCUAUCGCCAAACACUUCCGCGUCUUCCUCAACUCCGCCUUCGAGAACAUACCCAUCAACGAGUGGCUCAAGCCUUAAGGCCGCUCCAAACUCUCGCGAGAUAUUCGUGAGAAUCUUCAGAGAACCUUCAAGAUGCCCCCUCCACACUCUCAGGAGAAUUUCGGCAGAGUAAUAAAUGAGAAAUGAGAAUCUCACGAGAGAGUGUGGAGCGGGCAUUAGGAGUACUCAAUAUAUUUGUUCAACAGCAAAGUUAGGUAUCACCUUAAGUACAAUAUUUUACAAUACAAUGAGGGCCAGAUAAAGU